UCCUUGUGUUGGUAAUAAUUUGGAGAAUUGUUGGACGAGGCACAGGUUGGUGCGUCUUCAAGAGGAAAAAUGGAUGUGGAGAAGGGUCGUCCUCGCUCCAAGGGUUUGAGCACCCUUGAAAAGUGUCUGAUAUUUCUCUUUGUGGCCAUGACCGGCGCCUGCAUCGGCCUGGUGGUUAUCUACUUCACUGAUAAAGCGGAGUCUUCUACAUACACAGAAGGGCCAGAAUCAGGGUGUGGUGGUCCCCAGGAGCUCUCUGGAGAGUCAGGCACCUUCACCAGCUCUCACUAUCCCAGUAGCUAUGACAACGGCAGGAGCUGCACAUGGCACAUCACUGUGGACCCUGAUAAGGUGAUCCAUCUGUGGUUCGAGGAGUUUGCUUUGGAGGACACCCAGCUCUGCACAGGAGACCUCAUCACAUUGACAGACUCUCUGGGAAUUAUUGGUAAAUACUGUGGCUACACCAAACCAAAUCCAGUGGUGUCACUUACAAACCGCAUGACGGUGUAUUUUGACACCAAUGACAGAAAAACAGACCAAGGAUUCAAGGCUCAUUACAAAGCUGUGUCUCAAAAGCUUGCACCAGAAAUAGCCGGCGCUGGUGGCUUUCUUCAAGGUGACCGAGGAGAUCUGAUGACCCCCAGCUUCACAGAGCAGAACUAUAUAAAUGGAGCCCUGUACCAGUGGAGAAUCACGGUGCCUGAAGGCGAGAGGGUUCGUCUGACAUUUACCUCCUUUGACCUGGUCCCUGAAGUCUGUGGGGACUUUGUUCAGGUCUACGAUGGCGACAAGGCUGGAUCUCCUUCAAUAGGCAAAUUCUGUGGAGGGACGAUGCCAAAGCCAGUGGAGUCCAGCAGCAACACAAUGGUGGUCCGCUUCAAAUCCGACAACACUCUGACUUCUAAAGGAUUUAAAGCAACUUACACCAAGUCCAGCCUUCCACCUGUUAUUCCCACCACCACUGCAAAACCAACAACUACAGCGAAACCCACAAUACCUACAACUACUGGCAGUGGGGAUACAGUCAUUCUUCAGGGCCGUAAAGGUGUGAUCCAGUCCUUGGGUUUCCCGAAUCCAUAUCCUGCUCAUCUAAACAGCUCCUGGAAGAUAAUAGUGGCCAAAGGGUUCCUGGUUAAACUGCAGAUAACUGAGCUGGCCAUCCCAGGAGAGAUGGGACAGUGCAAGGAAGACAAACUGAUCAUCUCAGAUGAAUACACUACACUGGGCACACACUGUGGCUACAUCCUUCCCCCUGUGGUGGUCAGUGCCAGUGACACAUUAGCCGUCACAUUCCAGUCCGACGGUCGCCUCACAGACCGAGGAUUCUCUGCCAAGUGGGAGGCUGUGUAUCCAGAGGAUAUCACAGAGAUCCAGGGCUGUGGUUUUUCUUCCAAAGAGGACACGGGAGUUAUCAAGUUCCUCAACUGGCCCAUGAACUACAAGGCUAACUCUGAGUGCAUGUGGAACAUCGUUGGGCCUGUGGGGAAAAAAAUCACACUGCAGUUCACCUACUUUGAUCUGGAAGCCGAAGAUUUCCUGACAUCCAAAUGUUUUGAUAACAUAGCGGUGUACGACAUCAACGGUGCGACUAAUGAGCAGAUUGUAAAGCAUGGUCCAUUCUGUGGGACCAAGCUGCCUCCUACCAUCCAGACAAAAGGCAACAGGCUGGUGAUCCGUUUCCACACAGACUUGUUGACUGAGGCCAAAGGCUUCAGGGCCUACUGGACAACUGAUACCAGUCUGCCUGCUCCAACAGAGACUCCUCUGCAGCCAAACCCAUGGGACGACAUCAAAAUAGACUGGCCCAGUAAAUGUGGGAAACCAGCGAUUCCCCCUGCUGUUAUGUCACGCAUUGUGAAUGGAGAGCCAGCCAAGCCCCACUCCUGGCCCUGGCAAGUGUCCAUGCAGGUCUGGCCUGACAGUCGACCAGAGCCCACAUUCUUCCACAUCUGUGGCGGUACUCUUAUUCACAAGAACUGGGUCCUUACAGCAGCCCAUUGCUUCAUGAGAUACGCUGAUGAGCUGCAGCGUUGGCGCAUGUGCCUGGGCAAACACAACCUGACCUACACGGAGCCGAGUGAACACUGCUUCGAUGUAACUGGCAUCUAUCGCCACGAGGGCUUCAAGUAUCCCACUGUGCCCACAGUGGAGUUUGACAUUGCUCUUGUAAGACUGGAUGGAGAUGUGACGCCCAGUGAUGAGAUCUCGUAUGCCUGCCUGCCCUCAGAGGAAGAGGUCCUACCGGGGGGCAAGAAGUGCUACGCCACCGGCUGGGGAGAUGAGACCGGUGAUUCAAUGAAUGCUAAAGUGGCAGAGGCCCUGAACCAGGUCGCCCUGCCUGUUGUGCCUCAUGACACCUGCAAGAGGAUGGACUACUGGUGGUUCCAGGUCAAGACCUCCAUGAUCUGCUGCGGUUAUACCCUGCCUGAUGAACUCAAGUCUGUCUGUCAGGGAGAUUCAGGUGGUCCUUUAGUGUGCCAGGAUAAAGCCGGUGGUCCUUGGGAAGUUCAUGGUAUAACCAGCUUCGGCCCCAUUGGAUGUAUCAUGAAUAAGAAACCUUCUGUGUUCACCCGCUCCUCUGCCUACCUCCCCUGGAUCCAAAAUGUCAUCCGCAGGGACAUCUACAACGAGCACACAUCUGGCUGUGGAGGGCCAAAGGACCUGACUGGCACAGAAGGCACGGUGUCCUCCAUGGGUUACCCAGGCAGCUACAGCAAUAAAGCCAGCUGCCAGUGGAACAUCCAGGUGCCUGACGGCAAACUGGUCCACCUACGUUUCCAAAAUUUCUCCCUAGAGGAGAGCCAGAUGUGCCUGAAUGACAAAGUCAUCCUCAGUGACAGAGUAGGAAGUUUAGGCAGACACUGCAGUCAUGAGCCUCCUAAAGACCUGGUGAGUGAUGGAAACACACUUCACAUCAGCUUCUCUUCAAAUGACAAAGUGGUGGACACAGGCUUCACUGCCAGCUGGAAAGCAGUGGACCCAACAGAGGCUCCAUGUGGAGGAAGCUUCAGCAGUAAUCAGGGUGAAAUCCUCUCUCCAAACUGGCCCAAGGACUACGAAUCCGGGUCUGUGUGCACAUGGCGUAUCAAUGUACCUUCGGCAAAAAGCCUCCACAUAGCCUUCACUCACUUUGAGGUACAGGCCGUGAACACGUUGGGAAACUGUGUGGACUAUGUGGAGAUCUUCAACGGACAAAGCAUGGCAUUACUUGGUCGAUUCUGUGGCUUUGCCUCUCCACCCACCAUCACCGUCCCUGGCAGCACAGCUGUCAUUCGCUUCAUUAGCAACGAAGACAAUCAACAGGCAGGUUUUCGAGGUUACUGGACAACUGACUCCAGUGUUAUCCCAACUUUACCUACUCCACCUCCAAACCCCUGGGACAAUAUAACAAUCGACUGGCCAGUAGAUUGUGGAAGACCAGAAGUUAAACCAAAUACAGGCGCCAUGAGGGUGGUUAAUGGGGAAGAGGCGAUCCCCCAUUCCUGGCCCUGGCAAGUCUCCAUGCAGGCGUCACCAAUGUCUCCCAUACCUUACAUGCAUGGAUGUGGAGGUUCAUUGAUUCACGAGGAAUGGAUCCUAACUGCUGCUCACUGUUUCAUGUUCUCACUGAAUAAACCCUCCUACUGGCGAAUGUGUUUGGGGAAGCACCACAUGAACUCCUCCAUGGACGUUCCCUCAGCAGAAGAAUGCUACAUGGUUGACGGUAUCAUCCGCCACGAGGGCUUUGUCUACGAGCAGGAUAAAACUGACAUCACCAAUGACGUAGCCCUGGUGCAUUUGUCCACACCUGUCAAUAUGACAAGGGAGAUUAGCCCCAUCUGUCUGCCGAAACCUGGGGCUGUGAUGCCCGCUGGGACACCCUGCUUUGUCACUGGCUGGGGAGACGAGAAAGGUAAUCUGUUCCCUAAAGUGUCCGAGAAGCUAAAUCAGGCAGCCCUCCCUAUUGUUGACUUCCAGACCUGCAGUAAGCCUGCAUACUGGUGGGACAUCCUCAGACCCUCCAUGAUCUGUGCUGGCUAUGAGUCCCCAGAUGAGCUCAAGUCAGCCUGCCAGGGUGACUCUGGCGGUCCUUUCGCCUGUGCGGCAGCAGGAGCUAACCCUACGUGGGAGGUGCACGGCAUCGUCAGUUUUGGACCUCAGGGCUGCAUCAAAGACAAGAAGCCCUCAGUAUUCACCCGUGUGUCUGCCUUCAACGACUGGAUCUAUGACAACAUGAAGAAGUUUAUCUAUGAAAGUGGCAAAACUCACUAGUGGUCAUGUUUUAAAAGAAAGAUUUUGUGUUCAUUGCUUCUAUUUGUUUCUAUUUGCUGCUGCUACAGACCAAAGCAUUGUGGGUUUCUAAUUAGGGUUCAAAAUGUUUUAUUUGAAGCACUAUGCUGAUUGUGAAUUUUAAGAUAUGUUUGAAAAAGGCAUGUUUUCUAAGGUGGGUUAAUGGCACCAGAUCUAAACUUGAUAUCUAAUAUAUCAGGAUGUUUUACAGUUUGAGAUUUAGAGAAGCAUUGCACCAACAUUUAAAGGAAAUGAAGGAAAUAAGUCAGCAAACAAGGAAGGCAAACAUUUGAUGUUUCACUGAAUCCUACAAACAGAAUCAAACUAUAAACUUGAAAUUUACUGUAAAACUCUUUUCCUGAACUUUCCUGUUAUUCAGCAGUUUAAAUAUUCACUCUGUUGGUUGUUAGGGGAUGUAAUCUAAUUAUGAAUAAAGCUGGCAGUUAAAUAAAAAUUACGAUAAUACAUGUAUAGUAUAAUAAUGUCCUUUCAGAUACAUACAUAAAACAUAACAGAGAAUCGUCCAAGUGAAGAAUGUAUGGCAAGCAUUGUGGACUGAUUCACAUUUCCUUUUUUUAAUGUUGUAGCAGCAACAUGGUUUUAUUACUCCUAAGGCCAACCCCCCAGUCCCCGGUGCUUAGAAACUCCCUCCUCCUUUUCAUUCCUCACUUACAGGCAGACGAAUACAGCAGGCAGAUUUAAAGUUUGGGGUUUUAACCCUUUAAUCACAUGACCGGGCCACUCAGCCAAUGGGAGAGUUCGGCUCAGAUUUCAGCCCAGGAGAAGAGAGGGGAAUAGAGAGGGAGGAAGAGAAAGAGGCAAGCACUAAUCUGUGCUCAUGGUGUGAGCAGCACAGAGGCUGCCAGUACAUACAGCACUUAACUCUCUCCUGACGUGGAUUACUUGUGCUUUAUUUAAUUGAGAGUGCUUGGAUGGCACUUUUUAAAGGGAAACGUAUUCCCAACACUGGGAAAAGUUCAAGAGUUUGUCCUGGAACAGAGUGAGGAAGAGGAGGGAGGAUAGCAACAGUUUUUCCUCUCAUCUCUGCCUCAGCAGGCGUUUCUUCUUCUGUGGAAGAAUGGGGGCAGGAGCUCUGACCAUCUGUGUGAGUAGAAGCUACAAAGGCUGAGUUGGCACAAAGAUUUCCUUUUCAACCUGUGAUUAAGGGCUAAAGAAUGCAUAAUGGGACUGUGCUAUUCAGUGUUAGUAUCUAUACACCUUUUUGAGAUGUAUGGGUUGAUGUUUAUGUGGUCUGCUUAACACAAGUGGCUUUCUUAAAACUCCCAGAAGGACAGAAACAAGCUUCCCGUCAAUGAUUUAAACCUCACUCACAAAAUAAGUAACUACCGGCAUAAUGAUGAAAACUUUUGCUUUCAGCCAAAACAGAGACAGCAGAUUCACUUUUAGGCAGCCCUAUGUUCAGUCUGCUUCCUUAUACGUCAGUAUUACUGUACAAGAAGAGAAAGGGGAGUUAGCUUCAUGUUUCCUGCCCACGACUGUCAUAUUUUCUGCAGUGAUCCACUACCUCCAUGAGGUCAUUUUCCAAUUUCCACUAAACUUUUGUAUUGAAAAGAGUCUUUUUGAAGGAACUAAAUUACUUAAACACUCAAGAAUGUGUGGACUUUUUAAACUGCAUGGCUCUAAAAGUAGUUUCCCUGUCUUGAACAGCUGCUGCUUCCAGGCCUGUGGAGCUUUUGCUUCCAUGGCCACCCACAUAGGGACAGAGACAGGGGGGAGGAGGGAGAGGGGAGGAGGGCAGGGAGCAAAGGGACACAUGCUUGGGCUUGCAAUCCUCUUUAUGAGAUGGGUAGAAAGACACAGGAAGAUGGCCUGUUUUACUUGUGAUAAACUUCUUAUUAAGAAGAUGUUUUUGCUCACUUAAACCACUUUUUUUUUAACAACAGUAUCUCAAGCUUACACUUGAAGUAAUGUUAUUCUAAAGAGAAGUAAAGAGGCAGUCAUUAGCUCCCAGAGUCUCUCAACAGUCAGUGACAAAAGCCUUCUUUGUCACUGUCAGAAGGUGGAGUGUGAAAAUAUUCUAAAGUCGAGAGAGGUGAGGAAGGGAUGAGGACUAUUAUGCUAAUCUCAGCAGACUGUCUCCAUAAACAAUGGAGGCAAAUGGGAAUCAUCAGUAAGUGUUUCCCUUCCAUUAGCUGUAUGGCUUUGGAUGUCGAGGUUCCCCUUCACAAAAAAACCUUGCUUUUGACGUGUUAACUCUUCAGAAGAGGGAUUCUAUGUUGUUAAAGACACUCAAAGGGAGGAGUGCAAUGUAUUUACAACCUAAGUUUAUAGAUUUUUUUUUACAACAACAAGCGUCAAAAGCACACGUAUGUGUUUGCAAGGGAACCUACCAACAACUGAGUUCAACACCUACAUUAACACUUUUCUUUGGUGCUCAGGUGGGAACACAGUCUGUAAAUUGUUUCUUUUACAUAUUGUCUCAGUUGUCAUAAUUUUAGAAUGUGACUCUUUGUAUUAAGUUUUAAUUAAGAAGAAUAAAAAAAAAUGUGGACACCC